CCAUUGUUCCAACGCAUCACAUCUCAUAUGAUAUGCCGACUCGGAGGCCAAACUGGCCAUUCAUUUGGCCCAUCAAUUGCCUCACCACUACCAUUCACACUACCGGCCCCAUACAUCCCAUACAUCCCAUACAUCCCAUUCAAACCACCAUUAAUUUCGAUUUCAAUUUCGCCGAUCCAUUGUCUCAUUGUAUGCAUUGUUUGUGUGUGUCUUCUUCCCGGGCCAUUCACUCAACCAUCUCUCCCAUCACCACCACCUCUCACACCAUCUCUGCCGACAUCUCUGCCACCUCUUCGCCAGACUCGACCAGAACUGUGAAACAUAGACCACUAUAUAGACCUCAUAGACCUACAGCUUAUUCUGUGUCCAAAUCGUGUCCCAUCUCUGCGACAAUUGCUUUAUUAAUAGUCAUCAUGUUAUUCAUUGAUGUGACUCAUGCUUGUGGUCCGGGAAGAGGUGGAGGCAGACGAAGAAGUCCACGAAAACUAACUCCUCUUGUAUUCAAACAACACGUUCCCAAUGUGUCUGAAAAUACAUUAGGCGCCAGUGGACAGCCUGAUGGCAAAGUGUCCAAAGAUCAGCAGAGGUUUAGAGAAUUAGUGCCAAAUUAUAACAACGAUAUCAUAUUCAAAGAUGAAGAGGGAACGGGAGCUGACAGACUCAUGACUCAGAGGCUGAAGGAGAAGCUCAACACACUGGCCAUUUCGGUGAUGAAUCAGUGGCCGGGAGUGAAACUCAGAGUCACUGAGGGCUGGGAUGAAGAGGGACACCACGCGAUCGACUCUCUUCACUACGAGGGCAGAGCUGUGGACAUAACGACCAGUGAUAGGGACCGAUCCAAGUAUGGGAUGCUCGCCAGACUCGCAGUGGAGGCCGGCUUUGAUUGGGUUUACUAUGAGUCCAGGUUUCACAUCCACUGCUCUGUUAAGUCCGGUGCGUACACACGAAUCUCAAAAUUAGAUAACAUGGCUGCCAAAGAGGCAACGGUGCGGUCUAUGCAA